AUGUCUGAUGAUGAAGAAUAUGAUGAGAUUUCAUCUCAACCACUAGCACCAUAUGUUGGGAUGGAGUUCGACUCUGUUGAUGAUGCUAAGCUGUUCUACAACGACUAUGCAUUCAAAUUGGGCUUUGGCAUACACACAUCUGCUUCAAAGAACAGCCAAAAGAAGGGGCCUGUGGUACUAAUCAAGAGGGUGUUCCGGUGUGUCCAUGCCGGGAAGCCCGAGAAUAAGACCGAUACUAGCAGUGCUUCGGAAGCAAUCUCGACGGAACAGCACUCAUCAAGCAAAGAAUCUUGGUUUGAAAUGGAUGUCACAAACAAGCGUCAAAAAAAUAGAUUGCCAGAGCGUGUACGGUUCUACUGGCAUAUUUGCAACAUCUACCACUCACACCGCAACAUUCCGCAAGAGGAUUUGGACCUCAUAUUGACAAUGCAUGAUGUGAACUUCUCCACAUCAUCCUGCAUGGGAAUGCUUGGGAGGGUCCGUGGUGGAGACCGGAGGAUACUGCCAUACGUCAAGAGGGAUGUUACAAAUUUUCGUUCCAAGCUGCGGCAAACCAUAAAUCUCAGGGACAUGGACAUGACGGUUGCAUACUUUGAAAGGCGGCAAGAUGAUAAUCCGGAAUUCUAUUAUGCAAAAACAGUUGAUGAGGAAACAAACACUGUCACUGGACUGUUUUGGGUUGAUGGGAGGACAAGGGCAUUGUACCGUAAGUACAGAGAUUGUGUUUUCUUUGACACCACCUUUUGCACAAAUAGGUACAAUAUGCCAUUUGCUCCGAUUGUUGGCAUCAACAACCAUUUGCAGACAAUUUUGUUGGGGUGUGCUUUGCUUCCGAAUGAACGAAUUGAAACCUUCAAGUGGGUCUUCCAAAACUUUCUGAUUGCGAUGAACAAUGUACAUCCAUUGAACAUCAUGACAGAUCAAGACAAGGCAAUGGAAACAACCAUUUUUGAAGCCUUACCAAAUACAGUGCAUAGGUGUUACAAAUGGCAUGUCCAGCGGAAAGCGAGAGAGAAGUUGGGCAGAAUACUGAGCAGGGAUGAAGUUUUUGAGCAAGCUUUCUACACAUGCAUCAACGAUCCGGAAACAGUUGAUGAGUUUGAGGAUAAUUGGCAGCACAUGAUACAUUGCUUCGAAUUGGAAGACAAUAGACAGCUUUGCAACAUGUGGCGAACCCGGCAUACCUGGGCUCCAUCAUACUUCCGGAAAUGCUUCUUCCCAUUCACAAGCACUACAGGGAGGUCGGAGGGCCUCAACUCUUACUUCAAGAUGUUCAUCAAUCCUCAAGAGUCGGUUUGGAAAUUUGUGCAGCAGUAUGAGGUGCUCCAAGAGACGAUGCUAGACCGUGAGGACAACCAGGCUUUCAUUGGUGAAGCAACAACAACACCUCUUUACUCAAGAUACAACAUUGAGCAUCAAGCGGUCAACUUCUACACCCGGGCUGUUUUGGGCAAGUUUCAAUCAGAAGUGAUUGCAUCAACGGGAUAUGUAAUCAACCAGGUCCCCGCGCUUCACAAUGGAAGCAUUAACUUUGAAUUCGGAUGUUAA